GAAGAAGCCCUGGCGCGCCCUCCCCCCCUCCCCGGUCUGGUAGGGCGAAGGAGCGGGCGCGCGGUCGAUCGAGCGAUCGGUUGGCGGCUCUUUCUCCUGCUCUGGCAUCCAGCUCUUGGGGCGCAGGCCCGGCCGCCGCGGCGCGCGCCCGGUGGCCGUUGGCGGUCGCGCCGCGUCUUUCUUCUCGUGCGCAGAACUCGCGCGGCGGCCUAUGCGUUUGCGAUUCGACGAGGAGUCGUCCGGGUGGUCGGCGGUGGCGGGCAGCUGCUCCGCCCCGCUCCCGGGGAGGCGGCGGCGGCUGCGGCGGGAUUUGGCGCGGCCGGGGAGGCAGGGGUGGCCGGGGCGGGCCUGGACGCCUGGCGCCACCCUUCGGGGCCUGCAAGGACCCAGCUUGGGGGGCAGGAGGGGGCCGGAGGAUGGUUGGUGGUGGGCUUUCUACUCUGCCUUUUUCUCCUUAUGCCGCCUUAGUGCGGGGCGAGAGCUCUGGCGGCAGCUCCGGGGUGGGGAGUCGGGCUCCGGAGUCGGAAGAGCUGGGUUUGUUUCCGGGCCUAGCGACCAGCUGGCCGAGUGACCUUAGGCUGGGCACUCUGUGAUUUGCGCCUCAGUUUCCUCCUCUGCCCGUCGUGUGGGAUUGAAAGGCGCUUUGUAAAAAUGCAAAGCGUCGGUGUACGUAAAGGAUGAUCAUUGUGUGUAAUGUGGGUUGUUUUUUGUUUUGUUUUGUUUUGUUUUUUUGAGUUGUAAGAAAACUUAGCAGUUGGCCUAAUCCUUGGAUGUUGAACUUGGGAACCUUGGAUUGGAGCUGGAGAUUCCCCAGACUCCCUGGAAUUGUAUGCAGAAAUUUGUGGAGAUGGGCAAUUUUAUUUUAUUUUUUUAAGGGAAUGAUGAUCCACCGCUAGCAAGUUUUCAAAGGGGGUUAUGACCUAGAGGGCUGAAGAGCGACCACCACUCUUUGAUGCCAACAGGGAGGAAACUGAGGCCUAGAUGUCAUUUGGGACCCUUCACAACCGAUUUAAAGCCCCUGUUUGAGUCCCUGGGAUAUGUGAGCUGUUUCUAUGCAUAAUGGAUAUUUGGGGGUGACAGUGCUCCCCUGCUUGGCUUCUGUUCUGAAUCCUGUCCUUUCACCAUGGGGUGCCUGGAGGGUAGCUAAUGCCUAUGGUACAAUGGCACCCGACGUAAAGCAGCUACGGUUAGGAGUGGGUGCGUUCGCUAGUAUCAAGAAGCCUAUUUAAUCUUGGGCCCAGCAAUUCUUGGUGUUCUGCUGUUUAUACUGGUGCCUGAUUACCUUUCCGACUCCCUUCGUUGACCAUUUUUCAUGACUGUUGUUUGCCAUCCGUUACCUGCUCCUAUAUUGUCUCCCUGGUCUGCGUGGUCGGUAGUGAACAGGCUUAUUUUUUAAACAGUGCUGCCGAGCCCAGCGAAUAAUGGUGCACGUGGAUCUUUUGCAAGCGGGUUCCCUGGAACACACUGAACCAGGCAUGGGAGUCCUGAAGAUGUUUGGGGGAUUUUCCUUAUUUAAAGUUAACCUCUGAAAAGUUUUGUUAGAACUCCUGCUGAACUUCAAAAUCACUAGAUUUGGAAGUGAUUCAAAGUUUAACUUUUCCUUGGCCUGCCUUGUAUUCUUAUUGCUUGUGUGAUAAUAAGAUGGCAGAAAUGCCAAGUUUUGCUUCUUUGUUAAUUGUCAGCUGCUUUUUAUCAAAUUCCAGGCCAUUAUCCAGUAAACACUAAAAAAAAAAAAUGUUUGAACAGUUGCGUUUCAAACAUUUUCACUUUGUGGAGUGGUGCUUACCAAGUGGUACAGCUCUUAAGCAAGUGAACAUAUUUCAAUGUAUUUUGUCUGAUUAGAUAUUAGCCAACUCUGCUGUUCAGAUGUCUGAAAAAAAUAUCAAUUGACUGUUGCCUUUACCUAAAGGGCAGAGACAAAAUUAUGUCACUUCCAGAGAAAUGACUGUUUCGGAGGAAAAUGUGUUGGUCUUUUUGCUCUUUUGUAAUUAAAUCUGGACGUACCUCAGAAGAAUCUUGGAAGUGUGGUGAUAAGGUGCUUUCCUCAGGAGAAACGAGGGGAAAAAGCAACUGGAACUCACAAGCUUGAAAUUCUGUGACAACAUGAAAUGUCCAGGAUUGGAAUUCGGAAAGGUUUUUGCCACAGUCUGAGCAGGUAUCGCUCCGUGUAGCCGCAGCCAAGGACUCCAGAUUUGUCAAGAACUUGACCCCAAAUCCAGAAGAGCUUGUCGGGUAGUGACAGGAGCUCUGGAGGUAGUUUGUUUUGUUUUGUUUUCCUUUUUGGACUGUUGACCUUGCUGUGAGAAAAGAGACAACGACUGAGCAACACUGCCACCAGUGCUGUUACUGGGAAUUAGAAGACCUGAGUUUCUGUCCAGACUCGGUGCAAACUGAUGACACUCUAUCCAAAGUGAAUUACGUCCUGUGCCUCCUGAUUGCUGAGUGUUCACGUGGACCUUCUGAUCACCUUCCUCGUGCUGUUCCAUCGGCCCACAGAUCUGGUACCUGGAUUCUUGCCCAUAGUGAUUUCUACCACCUUACUACUGAUGAAGACACCAUUCCAGUGGACCACUGUGAUCCAGGAGGCGUGCAGCCAUCGUGAUGUGGCCUUUACCUCCACUCCUGUCCUGUUCUACCCAGAUUCAGCACAGCCUUUUAUAGUCAAGAGUCAGAGUCCUCAAGCCAAAUAGCUGAAGCUAUUUCAUCACAACAAGGGCCCAGUUUGUUCCAUGAGUAUGCAUUUCAUUUCUUCAGUGAAUGCCUUCAGAGACACAUAAGUUUGGAUCAGGGGAUUUUUUUUUUUUUUAAGUUGUCAACGCUAUCUGAAGAAAGGCAAAAUGUCUUUGAGAAUGGCAUUGGACCACAUACCACAAUCUCAAAUGACUGAAGUUCAUGAACCGUCUGGGAUCCCCAUCAAAGUCACUGGACUCUGUUCUUUUUCUACUUCAACUUUGUUGUAGCCUACUGAAUAAGAAGGCAGAUAUUCUGACCCAUUGGGAUCAAAACAGAGGCACAGUGAACUCCUCAUAGCAUCUUCUUUGGGAUUACUCAGGAACCAGAACUUUUCACACAAAUAUAAGAAAUUCUGCCAAGGAAUCCCUUUACCAAACAGCAUCUCACAAGGCUCCAAUCAGAUUCCAGAAAAGGCCUCUUGAUACAUCAAGGUAGAACAUAUAUGGUAAUCCCCUCUGUUUAUGUAUAGCACUUUACAGUUUUAAAAGCACUUUUACAUAUGCUAAUCUCACUUAUCAAAAUGACACAAUAAAUUAUAAUCCCUUUUUUAAAUGAGGGAAUAGAAUUGUAAAGGUUAAGCAGUUACCCAAGGUGGCACAGCUAUAAAGUAGUAGAGGCCAGGCCUUCUGACUCCUAGUCCAGUAUUCUCCAUAGAAUUAACUUAGCCUCACCUUUACCUGCAGUGUUAAAAUGGUUGGAGGUUAAGAUCACCUAAAGAGUUUCUAACUUUCUUUUCCAGUACCUUUAAUCAGACAAAAUUUUAUAAGUGUAAUCAUGAUAGCUGCUUCUAGACCAGAAUCUCGUUCAACUUGCCUGAGAUUUAGAAGUGACCUCUCGGUGGUAGAUUGUUCAGUCAAGAAGGCACAUACUCAUCUGAUAACAAGGAUAUAUAACAUGAAACACAAAGCUACUUUUAGAUCUAUUGCCUGUUUUCAUGGUCUCUCCAAGGAUGGCCUAAUCAAUUGGGGAUCCCUAUUCAUAUUAUAUAUGUGUAUGGGGUUUUUUGUUGUUUGAUUUUUUUAUUUUUUAAAGAGUCAGUAUUCCAAUCACCAUGAACCUAUCUGUGGUCCUAUAUCCCCAAACUAGUAUUUACACAAAAAUGAGCCAUCUUUUUUUCUUUUUCUUUUUUUAGAGCAGUGGUAUGUGUGUGUGUGCAUGUAUGUAUGUGUGUGCGCGCGCAUGCGCAAGUUUUGUAUAUAUCAUAUAGAGAGCUUUCUGUUGUCCGUUGUCCAAUAAGGUGGUAAAAUGUGUCCCUUUUCCCAGUCAACAACGUAGCAAAGUGAAUCAAAUAUCUCAAAACUUACAGCAAAGAGUCCCAUUUUGCUAUUUAACCCAGUAAGUCAUAAGUUUAAUCAUGCACAGAAUAGUGUUUUUUUAGCAUUCCUUUUAACAGAAUAGGAAAACUGCUUUAAAGCAGUGUAGCCAGUGUGAUUAUCAGCAGAUUGCCCUGGAGAUUCUGUAAUAUACAGAGUAUCAUUGAACAUAAACACACACACCCACUGUAUCAUGAACUGCUUGAAUUGGUAUGUUCUCAGAGCCCUACAUCUUGGCUAUUACCUUAUUUUCUGUGAGGAGAACCUUUAGAACAUUUCUGGGGCUGCCUAGGAGGGAAAUGGGACAAAGUUAACCUGCCCCAAAACUGAGCAAAUUCCAUGAUAUUUAACAGUAUAUUUCUCUGCCCUUAGAUUUGUGCCAUAAAGUGUGUUCAUGAGGGGUGGAUAAGGAGAUUCAGAAAGGGAAGGGAGAAGCUAGAGAAAAGGAUAAGAAUGCAGUACUAGAAUUGAGUUGUGGCCCACUGAGGUCUUAGCAUUGCUUGAAGAGAAGUCAUCCAUCCAUGGACUUCUUGAAGUAGUGUUUGCAAAGAAAUGGAUCGAUUUUAUAACUUUAAAAAAAAAAAGUGCUGUAACAAAAUUAAGCCAAUAGUCUUGUUUUCUGAUAGUCAUUUAAAAGCCAACUUCAAGCAAUUAGAAUUUAUAGCAGACUUAAGUUUUGAUUCCAUCAACAUGUAAUGUGGUCCACAUCAGGGAGAGAAUGACUAGGAAGAGUCCUUGGCUUACCACAGGCUUUGCUCACACAGUUUCUGGUUUCUGUGACCUAUUUUUUGUAUUUCAGCAUUUUGUGAACAACUUAUUCUUAGAUCAUUGGUUUUCCAAAGGCUUUGUAGCCAUGAAGCCCUUUGAAUGAAAAAUGUGCAGAAGCCCAGAGUAAAAGUGAAGCUGUUCUGGGUGAAGCAGUGAAGCAGUGAAGCAGGAAUGGGGGCCUGAAACCUGCCAAAAGCAUCUUUACCAUCAUGGUGACACCCAAGGGGACUUCCUUGGGUACUCUUCAGAACACAGUUUGAAAACCACUGCCCUAGAUAACUUGUUGACCUGAAAGACAUUGUGAUGUUUUCUGUACCUCUACUCAACUUCUUGUCCACUUGAUGCUGGACUUUCUUAGGAAUACUUACUGUGUGCAAUCUUGGAAAAACUGCAAGAAGAUGGGCAUGUCCUUGCCCCCCCCAACCCAGAAGUCAAAUGACCUACAAGUGGUGUGAAGUCAACCUAGAUUUAACAGCCCAGACGGAUUUCCAGUGAUUCCUGGAAUUGGAUAUAGCCAGAUAGUGUCUUGUGUGUUCCUUACACUGAAAAACUCACCUUAUUGAACUUUACUCACAGACACCGGAUGUUCUAGUGGUACUUGCAGUACAUGAUUGAAGUCUUGAUCCUCCAGGAAACUGCAUUGAAUCUGAUGCCUCGUCGAGGCCGUCUUAAACCAGUUUAUACAUUUGACCUCUCGUCGUCAGCCAUAGUACUCUACUUUAUGUGCAAGAGAGAACCAUGACCGAUGAAAGCAGAAUUGCAAUAUUAGCAACAUUUCCUAAAGGGACUUCGUACCUGAUUAUCAUCCAUCAUUUUACCAAUCUACAAAUUGCUAUGAUUCAACCAGUGGCAGUUACACUGCUACUUAUUUUUUAUUCCGUUUAACUGCUGUUUCCAAGAUAAAUGAGCUAAUUACCUUUUAAAAACAAAGGCCAAAAACAAUUCCUCCAUCACUGGUGUAUCUGCAUAUUCUACAAAAUUGUGACUACUCGAAACUGCUGGUCCUCAAGAGACAAUCUUUGAAUAUCCCUUCUUGUAUGUGUGAUUUAAAAUGUACAUUUGGACUUCCAAGAUGAAUCUUAAUGUCUGGUAACAUCAACUAUACAUGGGUAGGAAUCAGUGGAGGAAGGCCCUUUGACCAAGCCAUGAUACUUAAUUACUGGUCGUUUCUAAAUAGUGUAUUGUCCACCUUCUUGCUGGAAACAUAGACUGACUUGAAAAAGAAAUCUGCAAAGACUGCAGCUAAGGAUUUUAUCAGUAGACACAUCCUUGUGGAUGUUUUAAUGGAAUCACAUCUGUCUCAGUAUUGUCAUUUUAUGCUGAUUCAGAGUGACUGCAUUCCUUGCCAUGGAAUACUCAGGCAUUAAGUCAGCUUAUCUGUUUCUGCAGGAAGGAUUCAAUUAAUGAACUCCCAGACCAAAUCAUGUUGAACAAAGACUGAUCUGUGUCAUGAGAAAAAUUACAUUCCUUUACUCACAGUCAACCUAAGGGCCAGCUAUCCUCAGCUACUAUAUUGAAUGCACUGGUUAAAUGUUGGGAAUGGUUUCUUUAUAUCCUUUCUCCUAAUCCUCUAGACUAAUUGUUGAUUAUGUGACUCCAUGAAUCAUCAAGCAAGGCCUAGGUCUGGUUGCUGUAGACUGCUCAACCUCAACAAAUGAAAAUAAAAUUUGGAUGACUAGCCUGCUUGUAUAUACAACUCUUAUUUGUAAAGAAGUUCUCUAUAGACUCAAUUUUCUACUACCUUCAGAUUAUCAGCUGUUUUUCUUCUCUGCUUAUUCCUGUACUUUACAAAAAAGUGAUCUUGAUCUCUACCAGUCAUUCCCUCUAAUCCUGUCAUACUCAGUCAAAAUCAGAAUUUAAGAUAGGGAUGAUCAUCUACUCAAGGGUCUAAUGUACUAAUGUAUACUGUGCAUAAGAAUUGGUGAUUGGAAAAGCAGAAUACCUAAAACUUAAACCAGUGGAGCUUGCCUAGUAUCCUCAUGCCUCAGAGAUCAGCUAACCUUUUAAUAGCACCAUUCAACCAAUCUGAGGCCUUGAUUUGCUUGUAAUAUUCUCAGAGAUGGGCUUACUUAAAGAAAAUGAAGACUUGAUUACCAAAGAAAGUAGGGCCAACUUUGACAGAUCUGGCUCUGCCAACCCUAUUGCUCCCAGAUGUAGCAUAGAUUACUAAACAGAACCUCAAGUCUGGAUUGGAAAUACAGCCUUCUCCUAAGCUGAAAGUUCCUGGGCAGAUGAGCAGGAAAAUUAAAGCUGCUGUACCUGACUGGCCCAUUAAGAUCAGAAAAAUGUAUCCAGAGUAAGCCCUAUGAAUUAACCCUGGAGUGCUCGGGGUAAAGACUGAUUUACAGAGCUUCAUUAUUUGCCUGUUCUUCCAGAUAGUCUCCUGGCUGUUGGUAUGGCUGGCCCUACUGAAGUUAAACUGCUUGUCUAUUUACCCGACUCAGCUCUUACCUGCCAUUUUUGACAUGUUGCUGCCAUCAGACUGACAAUGAGAAGACAACAGCCUGUUUCAGCCUAUCUUGUGCCCAGUUCCACCAAGAAUUUUUGAGUACAAACAACCCACUCUUCACCCCACGAAGACAUAAUGUUCACAACAGGAAAGACUAUGUUAUACAUUCCUUGACUUUUUUUUUUAAGUGCAAAGUAAACCUCUAUACCUGUGUGUGAUUGCUUUCAGCACUUGGACUCUCUUACACCAGAUCAAAACCAGUGUCUGUGUCUCUGCUGCAGUGGCACAGAGAUGAGUCUGAAUCACCAGUCCUUUUAGAGCUGCAAGUUUAACUUGGCAAAAGACUUAAAAGAGCACAAGAAAAGUUUUUCCAGUUUAUCGUUGACUCAGAUAACCUCCCAAAACUGUUUGCCAGUUGGAGGUUAGUUGUCCUCAUCAGCAAGACAGUUGGGUUCUCAGACUCAUGAACAGUUUGCUUGUGUUGGAACUCAGUGCAUCUACAGUAUGUUACUGAAGAUGAUUCUUCCCUUCAGAUGGACUACAGGCAUCCUGAAGAGGGACACAUUUGUCCUUCAUGGGUUUGGAUUUUUUUGCUUCUUUUUUUUUUUUUUUUUUUUUUUCCAGAAUUUUAUUACAAAGGAAGAAACAGUGCCAGUGUUAACCAUUCACCUUCAUGAGCAGAGUUUAAACCUUUUCAGUACCUGGUCUUAUCCUGGACAUCAAGUUGUUUUUAACUGCCCAGCAUCCAUUCCAUCCUACUAUAACAACUCCUUGGUGUUUCUUGGAACCACCUCUUCAAUUUGCAUCCAUGUGGUUUAGACAGUCUGACCCAGUCUUGAGCUUUAUAGGUGGAUGUCUGAUUAAAUCAUCAAAGUUCAUCUCCUUGACCAUAGUCAUUGGUUGAGGAAUGUUCAUGUGACUCAAGUUGGUCCAGUGAUACUCAACUCUGGGAAUUUUAUUGAAUUGUGGAGGAGAAACUCUCCAUUGAGGUGCUUUAGUUUGGGAGGAUGAAAACAAAUUGAACAGGGCUUACCAUGUUGAAUGAGCCAGUCAGAGAAUGAAACCAGUGCAGAGGAAGCAGAGCCAAAAGUUGGAGAGACUUGAGUCCUGAUGACAACAUUAGUGCCCCCUGGAUCCAACUGUGCCUGAAGCUAGUAUAUCCCCUGGACUUUCCAGUUAUGUGAACCAAUAAAUAUCCUUUUUUGCUUAA